AUGUUCGAUGCCCAAUCCAAUGGUCUUUCAUCCCCCUUGGCUUUUAUGAGCAACCUGCUCCCCGCCGCUCUUAAAACGAACCGGCCAUGUGAACCUGCACCUCCUGGCGCUAACGCGACUGCCAGCAUGUCUCAUGUGCAGCUAUCCCCGCGCUCGAGUUCGAGUCACAUCACAGGUGAGUCUGGAGACUCGGACCGCUCGAGUUGGCGGUACAUUUCAACACCCAUUUCUUCCGAGGAUGAAACAGCAUCUAGCCGGAAACCCGUUCCCAUGUCGGUAGGAGAGCGCCCUAAGGUUUCCUUCGAGGAGUUGGCUGGUCGUUACCGCCGCAACCAGCACAAGCAGGCGCGCAGGAGAAAGUUGGAACAGCGCCUCCAUGCUACCAAGGUGUCAAUAGGUGUCUCAGCGCGCCUGCUCCGUCUUGGUGCUGCCGUGCAACGAGGAUUGGUUGAUAGACUCAAGCACGACGACAAGGCCAAUUUCAUCGCUCUCUACCACACAAUGGUUGAUCUUCAGGAACCUUGUUCUCUGGUGGCCCAACGCUACCUUUGCCAGCCCGACGAUUCGGAGGAUUGGCCAAGCUCUCGCGAGCCUGCCUUUGACCGCUCUCCGGAUUUCUUCUGUCAACUGAGCCCCCAGUCGCAGGCCGACCUUCUUGAUAUUUUGCAAUCUGUCCGGACGGAUCCUCAGUUUGUGUUUGAGAAACUUUGCAGCUUGACUCAUAUGCAGCUGUCUGCUCUGAUAUCUUCUUCUGUUUCCUCUUGGGAAGUUGGCGGUGAUUCGUUUCCAGCUUCGUCCCGUUCCAGGAUUCCAAGUCUGAGUUCGAAAACUGUCCCUGCAUCUGGCAUUCCAUUCAAGGACCGUGUUUUGGCGUUUGAGCGAACGGAUCCCCUCUCUACCUUGCUGUUCAAUGUCUAUGCAGCUUCCCUGGACUCGGACGGCCCGGAGGCACAGCUACGUUUGGAUAUGUGGUCCUCGGUCUGCGCGAAGCUCAUUGCCGAUGGUGCUAACAGAUCGUACGCUCUGGUCGACCAUAUCCUGACGCUGUGGGCCACUGGUAGUGACUGGAAAGCGAAGCCCAAGUUUGAGCUUUAUCUGAUGGACAUCCUCCAGACUGGUGCAUUCCUCCUGGAGCAUAUAGAGCCCCCGCCCGGCUAUGAUAUGGACCCAAUAGACCCAUUAAGGACUGAGGUUGCAGAGGAAUAUUUCGCUUCCACCGUGGACGCACUGCUCGAACUUUUAGAUGAUUCGGAUGCCGGUUUACCCCGGUCAAUUUUACAACUGGGAAAGGCCAUUAUGCAAAAGUUAGACCGCCAGGACUGUCGUGACCGCUUUUUGGAUUUCUUAUUUGGACAGUGGUUCUUUCCCAAGUUCCUCUAUGGAGCUCUAACCUAUCCCGAGGGCCACGACCUUUUACUUGACUUUUAUAUCAAGAAAGAUGCAAGAGACAAGCUGCUGGGUCAAGUCGGUUACCAAGCUUACAUGCAGGCCCUUGCGGUCCUCCGCCCGAUGCAUCAAUACCCCAUGGCCCGUCCUACGGUCAGGCAACAUUUUGAGAACAUGCUUAACCAUGUUACUCGUGACGGUACUAGCAAGGCCACCAGAAUUUCCCCCGGGACACCUGCGGCAUUCCCUGACCAGCCAGCUCCCUCUACGGCUUUUUUGAUGCUUUCUAAUGCAGACGUUCUUACUUUGUUGAAUGCUCUCUUUCCCACUGCCCCUUCCCCGGCUUACACCUCCCAGUCGCCCUCCUCAGGACUUUCAUUAUCGCCUCUUGGAUCACAACCGGACAAGCAUGGCGUAUUUACGUUUGAACCGGGGUUUUAUCGCGGAUCUGUACCCUUCUCCCCUAGGUCAGCUUUCUCCACGAAGAAUUCUCUCCCCACGGAUGUGCAUUUCUUCUCAACACAGGAGAACAAUAUCAGCUCAAAGGCUGACAGAAUUCGGUUCGAAUUGUCUGACCUAGGUGAGCAUGAUCCGCGCACUCAUCUGGAGCCCCCUACAGCCGAGGAAUGGACACUCUUCACCGUCUCGCGAAAUGAUAGGCGCCUAGCCUGGGGCCUGUUUCCAGAUAGUCAAACCAACGCUUCGGAGAGCUUUCCUGCCGAUGAUGGCAGCCCGUCCAACUUAGGGACAGAAGACAAUUUUGAAGCGCUGCAGACAGCAAUUGUGAAACUCAUUCUAGAACAUCCCGCGGAUGACCGUGUUGAGUCACAGUUGCCCCGGCGCUCCCCACAGGCACAUGCUCUGUCACUCAAGGAGCGAUUCAAUAGCGCCAUGGCAUACUGCCAUCAGAAAUCUGAUUUUAUUGGAGCCCAUUACUGGUGGAAUGCUGCUCGGUUGCUACGCCGGAGUAUCGCUAACUCUUCCACCCAACCCGUUGAUGACUCCUGGAUCCUGGGACCAAUGCACUCCGCUUGCGUCCACUCUCUCCAAACAUCUAGCUCUGUCAUCGAGCGCUGCGAAGCUGAUUUUGUCGCCAUCGACUGCCAUACUCGACGGCUUCAGAGCACGGUCAAGGAUAUGAUGAAAACUAUGGCGAGACUUCGAAACAAGAUGUGGUAUAUGACUGACGUGAGAAACUCUAGACGCUAUGAAGAAGCCAAGCAUGUUGCUCUCGCGCUAAAGACCAUGCCCUACGCUCACAGAUAUGCUCAGAACGAUGCUCGAUCUCGUAAUGGCGCUAGAUCAUUCGGUGGAACAUUAAUACAAAAACCCGAAUUACAAAUCAUGAACGUCAUGAAAGCUCCCAGUAGCCAAGCAGGCCCGACCAAGCUUGCAGAUGAACAAGUUGAAUUAAUUCGAAAAUGGUUGGCUCAUAACAAUAUCGACAACUUCUGCAAAGGUGAAGAAAGAAUUCAUCGCUUCUGCUAUGAGGUCGGGACAAGUAUCAACCGUCUGGUCGGAGAAACCAUGGCAGAGACACCAGUGCUAUGGGCCAGUGAACUGUUCCACAAAGAACGAACCAAGUAUGAAGGAUCCAGUAACCGAGGUUUUUUUAGCCUUACAUCCAGCCUGCGGUCAUUUAGCGGGGCCGGUGAUGAUUCUGUCCACCCUGCGUCCUCAUUUGCAAGCACUGUCCUUCGCCCGCAAGAAACGUCAAGACAGGAGCCCCCUCGGCUAAACCUCAAGCCUUCUUUCCAGAGCCUUGAUUCCGAUCGAUGGAGGUCACAAGCGGCUGGCACAGACACGUCGUCCAUCCUUGGUGACAGAGCGCCAUCCACAACUACCGGGGACUCAUGCAGCACCUUCUGGUCAACCCCGCCUCCGCAUGCUCAUUACCCCCCAAGCGCGUCGAGUCUCUAUUCUCGCCCUCCGUCUAUGCUUAGCGAUACUGCUGUACAGCCACCUCGACGUUCUGAUCGGAAAUCAAAUGGCAAGACUGUGUUCCUAAAUGACAUAAGGAAAACCUUGACAAGCUUACUUCUAAGCGACCUUGGUUCACCAGUAUGGAGUUGUGGAACCGAAACAGACGCUUGGUUUAGCAAUGUACUCGAUCAGAAGAGAAUCCAAACUCAGAUGAGGAAAAGAACUCGCAUUCAACGUUUCUAUGCUGAGUGUGAUGAGCGACCGGCCCGUCCGUCGACUCCUCGAGUUCCGUCCUCCCGAAGAAGCAGAUCUCUUGACCCUUUUAUUCGGGAGACUAGAGAUCAUUCUUCUACAGAGACUGCAGAUGUCAAAUCUACUAGUAUGGAGGGAAAUGCUCCGUUUUCAUAUAGGACUGUCUUUCGUCGCCUUCUCGACGUCUUCUCCCGUCACGGGAAUCCGUUUGUCAAGCUUGACGCGCUUCGAGACCUUCGAAGCUUGGUUAUUGCGUCGAUCACCACCGCCAACGAUGAUCAGGUUUCGUCUCCCUCUGCAACUGGUUCGCCUUAUAGAAGACGCAUGUCAGUAAUCCACAGGAAGCGCAAUGCGCGAAGCAGUUUCUCCGAGCCUCGUUCUUGCCGCCCACCUGAAAAGGACCCCUUGCUCACGCCUACUUCUCCUCCUGCCGAGUCUAUUAUCUUUGAUUCGCGGCCAUCUGACUAUUCAUUACCUACCGAGAAGCAGAUCGUUGAAGCACUCCGAGAAAUCAUCCUCGACAUGAAGCCGAAGACUCUGUUCCGCGAUCUUCAAUUUAUCUCGGCGUUUGUCCCUAUCGACACUUUAAACAAAACGGACAGCGGUACUGCCUUCCUGCAAUUUGGACUCGCCGCACUAAGCUUGAAGGAUGAGGUUUGCCAUAGUAUGGUGGAAAUUGCGGAUGAGAUUGUUUCCCAAGAACUAACCCGUCGUCACCCUGCACACAUAUUGGAUGUGCAUUCUCGCGUAGGUGAUCCAAUGAAGGAUGCUGCCAACAUGUGGAUCAUCACAGCAAAGGAAGGCCACCCAGUCGCUCAACGAGAGCUAGCAAUUCUUUACCUGACCCACCCCGAACUCGUCCCCCGAGUCACUUUCCCCCUCACUCUUUUAAGAGAUACCUUCAAGGCGGAGAUGAUGUACCGCCGAGACAAGGACUCCAAAUCGGACCCCCACACCAUGUGCCUAGCACUGCACUGGAUGCAGCUCUCGGCCAACGGGGGAGACGAGCUCGCGCGGAACCGGCUUCGUGAACGCGAGGAGUUCGAGUCUAUUGCUUAA